UUCAUGAUGUAUUCUCUUGUUAUUGGAACUAUCAAGGCUUAUGGUAUAUUGUAUACAGAAAUGGUGUCUUAUUAUGGCACAGGAUCUGGUAAUACAGCUUGGAUAGGGAGCAUGGUUCUUCUACUAUUAUUAGGGCUAUCUCCAGUGGCCAACUCGUUCAGUCGAAAAUUUUUAUUCCGACGUGUGGCAUUUGCUGGCGGUUUACUUUUGUGUCUGGGUUAUUUAUGUCGGGAUUUGUGCCAAAGAUGGAAAUCAUGUACCUGACCAUGGGAGGGUGCGCAGGUCUUGGAUAUGGUUUGUCGUUUUCACCCUGUUCAACUAUCAUCAGUUAUUACUUCAAGAAGCACAGAGCACUUGCUAACGGAAUUGUCGUUUCUGGGAGUGGAAUAGGGGCGUUGACAUAUCCUGCUAUUUAUAGUUUCUUGAUUAAGAAAUACGGCUUACAUGGGACAUUCUGGGUAAUUGGCGGCAUUUUGUUGAAUGUCUGCGUAGCUGCAUGUGUCUUCAAACAACCUAAGCUUUUAUUGAAAGAAAAAGAAUCUCAAGAAUCAACAGGUUCAAGGAAAGAUCAAGAACUGUUAUUGAAGAAAGGCCUUGAUAAACAGAAAUCUAAGGACACGUUGACCAAUUGUUACGGAUUGGAUUUUCGCUUUUCCCUAUUCAGAAAUCCAAGAUUUUCAAUGUAUUGCGUUAGUUUUGUACUUUGUAUGAACGGGUAUGGAAAUAACCUUAUAAUGAUACCUGCCCAUAUCAAAGAUGUUGGAUAUGACACUACGCAUGCGGUGUACGGGGUGACAAUAAUGGGAGGGUGCGAGGUUGUUGCAAGAAUUGCAUUUGGCUUAAUAGCUGAUCGAAACAUCAUGAAAAGAAAACAUAUUUUUCUCUUUAGCAUGCUCAUUGCGUCUGUGUUUAGUUUCAUUGCACCUUUCUUCGACAGUUUUGUUUUUCUUGGGAUAUAUGCUGGUGUAAUCGGGACGUUUCCAGGAUCAUUUUGGAGCUUAGUUUCCGUUUUGAUAAUUGAUGUUGUUGGAAUGGAAGAUUUUGCGCCAGCAUUUGGCCUUGUUAUGCUUUGUUUGGCGUUAGGUGUUGUUAUAAGUCAGCCAGCUGUUGGGUGGCUGAAAGAUUACACGGGUAACUGGCAUGCAUCCCUGAUAUUAACUGGUUGCCUAUUUUUACUAGCUGGCCUUCUGAUUUCAUUUGAACAAUACAUCUUACGAUUUUUCAAGAAACAACCAGUACCAACAGUUGAUAUAACCAUAGUUACCGAAUUUCCUCUUAAAAAUAACCAAACAAUAAAACCAGCAGACGACACGGAUUCUUUACUGGAUGAAAAUGGUGACAUCUUCACAUCAUCAAGAAUAAGUAGGACUUACACGCCUUAUGACACAGAACAAUAUCAAUCAAAUAAACAGGAUUUGCAAGUUCCAGUUGUCGAUACCAACGAUGUAUAAUGUUUCAUUACAGUCAAAUCUGUGUUAAGGAUCACCUCUGAAGAAAGGCCACCAUUUGGAAAUCUUUUAUUGAUUAAAUAAAACAGAAUGACCUUAA